ACACACACACACUCUUCCUGCUUCAACAGCUCGCAGCACGAACUUCGUUUUUAUCGUCCCUUUCCGCCAUAAUUCUUCCGGAGCUUCCAAAGCACUUGAAGCCAUAGAAAUCCCCUUCCACAGCUCCUAUAAACCCCGAAGCUCUACAUCAUCGUUCCUCUGGCUACUCUCAUCGCUUCGCAUUCUUCUUCGAUUGUUAGGAGGAACUUCGGCGGAGCUCUCAUGGCUGCUGUUGCAGGAUCCAGUGCCGUCGCCUUCAAAUCCGCCGGAACCUCCGCAGGUUUCCGCAGCUCCUCCGGUGACAGGAGUAUCGGCCAGUUCCGUCCGCUUUCCGGCGUGGUCAGCAGCAACCUCAACGCCGCUCGCGCUAGCCUCCGGUGCAGAUCGACAAGCUCCGUCGCCUCUUCUGGCGUGAGAGCUCAGGUUGCUACUGCGGAACAAGCGAGCACGGAGGCGGCGCAGAAGGUGGAAUCACCCGUAGUUAUAGUGACCGGAGCAUCUAGGGGCAUCGGCAAAUCAAUUGCAUUGUCCUUGGGGAAAGCAGGUUGCAAGGUGUUGGUAAACUAUGCAAGGUCGUCUAAGGAGGCAGAAGAAGUCUCCAAAGAGAUUGAGGCUUACGGUGGUCAGGCUGUUACCUUUGGUGGGGAUGUCUCCAAAGAAGAGGACGUGGAAGCAAUGAUGAAAACUGCCAUUGAUGCAUUUGGAACAGUUGACAUACUGAUAAACAAUGCAGGGAUCACGAGGGAUACUUUGUUGAUGAGAAUGAAGAAAUCACAGUGGCAGGAUGUUAUUGACCUCAAUCUUACGGGUGUCUUCCUUUGCACACAGGCAGCAGCCAAGAUCAUGAUGAAGAAGAGAAAGGGAAGGAUUAUCAAUAUUGCUUCAGUGGUUGGUUUGGUUGGCAAUGCUGGGCAAGCAAACUACAGUGCUGCCAAGGCUGGAGUUAUUGGCUUUACAAAGACUGUUGCAAAGGAAUAUGCCAGCAGAAAUAUUAAUAAUAUUUUCCAGGUCAAUGCAGUUGCUCCAGGGUUCAUUGCAUCCGACAUGACUGCCAAUCUCGGUGAUGAUAUUGAAAAGAAAAUAUUGGAGGGGAUUCCUCUAGGGAGGUAUGGCCAGCCAGAAGAGGUAGCUGGAUUGGUGGAAUUCUUGGCUCUGAACCCAGCGGCCAGUUACAUCACUGGACAGGUGUUUACUAUUGAUGGAGGCAUGGUUAUGUAAGAAGUGAAUAGGGGGAGGACAGGCUCCCUCUCCCCUCUCCCAAUCCCGACGGUGCAGCUACCAAGUUCAGAUACGUGACCCUUCGAUUCGUGCUUCUAUUUCCUUUUAACUUAGGUUAUAUCCUAUGAUUAGUUUAGUUAAUAAAGCCGAAUGCUCCCUUUCCUCAGUUUUCCGAUCGAGUUCCAGUCAUAGUGUCUCGCUGCAUGUACUUUCCGUGUAAUAUAAGGACGAACAUUCAAGAAGCGGACGAACUUCAAUUUGGUUAUCGAGAGACUUACAAUUGAGCUUUUUUGUUGUAUGAUGAAAACGAGUCCUUUUUCUGUGCUGGUGUGUUAUCUCAUGUCAUGUACACUGGAAAAUGCAGUUUUCGUGAUAGGUAUAAGUAGUGUGCGUGUGUGUGAGAUGAGAUCAUAUAUAUAGUAGGGGUAUAAAUUCAUCAAUCUUUUGCGUGUG